AGUCACUGCUGAGGGGCCAAAUCAGUCCAUAGAUUGAAGAAUUAACAUAAUUGCAGUAUAAUAACAGAGUCGGUCCCUCGGGGGCUGGGAGUGCGUGGCCCGCCCUCAAGGGGUGUGGCCGGUGGGCGUGGCACACUCAGUCGUUUGCGGAAUGUCCACACCUGAGCAACGUUUUUGGCUGGCGACCUUGCUGUUCCUCUUGAGUCAGCAUUGUGGGGUUUACGGAUUUGGAAUCAAUCUGAUGAAGGUUCCAACUGAGGCCAAAGCGCCGGAAGCUUGCAUCCUCGCUUUGCUCCGGAAAUAUUUUGAUUCCGGAGAUGGACUCUCCGGCUCAGUACUGUGCUUUAAUCGGAACUAUCAGUUGCCCAACAUUCAAGAGCAGUUACUAAGAGGUAUGAAUACGUAUGCAAAGUAUCCUUGGAGCAUCUUGAUCACGAACUCCAGGGAGGGUCCUUCGUCGUCCCAGUUUGUUCUGAGCGAGAAGCCGCAGUGUUAUUUCCUAAUUAUUGAGAGUUUAGAUGACGAAGAUAUAGAUGAGAUAUUCGAGCACUGGAAGAGCAUGGUCAACUGGAACCCCCUGGCCCAAUUCGUGGUCUACUUGGCCAGCUUGGAGGAAACAGACGAGGAGAUGACUGACCUCAUGGUGGAACUGCUUCUCACCUUCAUGAACAAAAAGAUCUUCAAUGUGAAUGUAAUUGGACAGAGCGAGGAAAACGAAUUCUUCUACGGAAAAACCGUGUUUCCCUAUCAUCCGGAUAAUAACUGUGGAAAUCGCGUGAUAUCUAUUGAACUAAUAGAUGCCUGUGAUUAUCCGGGUGAAGAAAAAGAAAGUGAUGUUGAAGAAUCUGGGGAGGGGGAAAGCGGUGGAAGCCAGGAGGAAGAUGCAGAAAAUGAAAACAGUCAGGAAAAUGAGGAUGAUCAAGACGAACAAAGUCAAGAGCAACAUAAUGAUAAUGAUAAUGAAAACAAGAGUUUCGAAACAAAUGAAGAUGAAUACUCCCAAACUGAAGAUCAAAGGGGUAAAGAAAAUUCAGAUGAUAAAGAAGAUACUGUCAUAAGACAAGAACAAGAAGAAAAAUUCGUAAGAAAGAAGAUGGAACCAGAUGAUGAGUAUUCUGAAAAAUCUGAUAGCGAUAGUAAUGAAAAUAUGACGGAUACUACAACAGAAACAAGUAGCGAUGAUCCAAUUCAAAGUUCAACUGAGAUGAACAAUGAGGAUAAAGCUGAUGAAUCGACUGAAAAAGAUGAUGAUGAACUUGAGACUAAUUUAAACUCAAACUCCUCAGAGCCGGAAGCCACCAUCGAGGAAUUCUAUCGCGCCAAGUUUGAGGACAAGUUCCCCAGUGAUCUCAGUGGAUGUCCUCUAACAGCCUCUUUUCGACCUUGGGAACCAUAUAUAUUUCGCAACAGUGAGGAGGAUCCUGUGGACGAAUACUACUAUGGUUUACAAGGAGAAGGAGACGACUACAACGAAACAUCACCCAGUUAUGGGGAAUCGGAGGACGAGAGCUAUGGUGAUCCGGGGGAAGAGGGUGACAACACCAUCCCAGACACUGAAAUUCAGGCAAGUGCAAAGGUCAAGUUGAGUGGAAUCGAGUACCAAAUGCUGCAGACCAUCGCCGAGCGUCUGCAUGUCAACAUUGAAAUGCAGAGUGAAAACAGCAAUUUAUACCAUCUUUUUCAACAGCUCAUCGAUGGAGAGAUCGAGAUGAUUGUGGGCGGAAUAGAUGAGGAUCCGAGCAUCAGUCAGUACGUAUCAAGUUCCAUUCCAUAUCACCAGGACGAACUCACUUGGUGUGUGGCUAGGGCAAAGCGAAGGCAUGGCUUUUUCAACUUCGUGGCCACAUUUAAAGCGGAUGCAGGAUUCUUGCUAGGACUUUUUGUGGUCACAUGUUCCCUGGUCGUAUUGGUGGCUCAACGCGUCUCUGGCUUCCGACUGCGCAAUCUGAAUGGAUAUUUUCCCAUUUGCCUGAGGGUUCUUGGAAUCCUGCUCAACCAGGCCAUUCCGGCUCAGAAUUUUCCCAUAACCUUGAGACAACUAUUUGCUCUGUCUUUUCUGAUGGGGUUCUUCUUCAGCAAUACGUACCAGAGUUUUCUGAUCAGCACACUGACCACUCCACGGAGUUCCUAUCAAAUUCAGACUCUAGAGGAGAUCUACAGCAACCGGAUGACCAUCAUGGGCACCUCCGAUCAUGUUAGACAUCUAAAUAAGGAAGGGGAGAUCUUCAAAUAUAUUCGGGAAAAGUUUCAGAUGUGUUAUAAUUUGGUGGAAUGUCUCAAUGAUGCCGCUCAUAACGAACACAUCGCAGUGGCUGUUUCUCGACAACACUCCUUCUACAAUCCGCGAAUCCAACGAGAUCGUCUUUUCUGCUUCGAUCGUCGAGAAUCCCUGUAUGUUUAUCUAGUGACUAUGCUGCUGCCAAAGAAGUACCAUCUUUUGCACCAGAUAAACCCGGUGAUCCAACACAUCAUUGAAUCGGGUCAUAUGCAGAAAUGGGCCCGAGAUCUAGAUAUGCGGCGUAUGAUUCACGAGGAGAUUACAAAGGUGCGGGAGGAUCCUUUCAAGGCUCUUACCUUCGAUCAGUUCCGAGGAGCCAUCGCAUUUUCUGCAGGACUUUUGAUGGUUGCCAGUGGAGUAUUUGCCAUAGAGUUCUGUUUUUUCUAUUUCUACCGAUCUAAAAGGAGAAGGAUCCGAAGAAUACCACAUGUACAGAUAAACAAAGUUGUAUACAAAUAA